UCGUAGAAUAGGAUCAAAUCUUUCAAGUGCUUUCCAAGGGACCUCAAUGAAAAUGGCCGUUAUCCUGUUACUCGCUUUUGCUGCAAUUUUGGAUUUGGCAACGUCGGCAUUUACUGUCUCGCCAAGCUAUUACUCUGGUCUCGAAGAUCCAAUAUGGAAUAUUACAGAGAAGGACACAGAAUUCAAUGAAAUCAAGACUCUCUACGAUGAUGCUAUAAAAAGAAAGGCUACUUUUCCUAACAAUUCUAUGCCGUCUCAACUUGGCUAUAGAGGAAUCAUGAUCAGCGAGGACAACUUGGCGACAUGGUUUGAUCUUGUUGGGAAUAAAACCUUCGAUCUCCAAGUGGCGAUCGUAAAUAGCGGUAUGUCAAGGGAUGAAAUUUCUAAAACGGUUGGAUCAAUAAUGAUAGAAGCAAUAAAAAACGAAACUGCCAAGCCAGUCGACAAUUAUAAGCUAACUCAAAAGCCUUAUAAGCGCGCACCGGACUACCCCCUGUACAACACGAAUCGAUGGAGAAAUUGGAUCAUUCAGUAUUGCAACAAUUGUUAUAACUAUGGAUCGGACAUUCCGAGUCCACCGUGGUACAGGUUCGCACAACCUGGUUUGGGCAAUGGCGGUGUCGGGUUUGCUCGACCAAUUACUGCUAAUCGCGUUCUGGCCGCUGCAAAUGGUGACGGCGUGGUAACACAACGUGUUGGUGACACUGAUGCUGUCCCUAACCCUCCUGCAAACUCGCACCUUGUUGCACUAGUUGUUGCCCCAGAUUCUUCACUUAAUGCGCGAGAUGGUGACUUUCACUGGUACCGACUGGAUUCUAGUGGUAGGUGGUCUCACAAGCCAGGAAGAACACCUGUUAAAGACCGAGAUGGCAGGGGUAGAACCAUCAAUGACCCAAGAAUGGCAGCCAACAAUCCGUAUGGUCCACAGUACCAGUUUGUUACAUUCAUGAACGUGCCAAAUACACUUGUAGCUGGCACAAACGUUCAAGGUGUCUUUGACUGGUUCUGUAGAAGAAUCUCUGAGGUAUAACUAGCCCUAAAAGGAAAUAAAUAAACUAAAAGGAAAUAAAUAAAUAACGAGCAUGCAAAAAAAUGUGGAGGUGUUUAAUUAU